GUCAAUGUCAUCUUAGAAUUGUCCGGCGAAGUUGCAUUUUCAUAAAACAAGAAAUUAUUACAGUAACCAAGUUAAUUAAGCGAUUUAUAAAUACUAUAAUACUUGCAUUAUAUAAACAUGGCGCGGCGUUAUGAUACUCGUACAACUAUUUUCUCGCCGGAAGGUCGGCUUUACCAGGUUGAGUAUGCUAUGGAAGCCAUCAGUCAUGCGGGAACAUGUCUAGGUAUUUUGGCUACGGACGGCAUCUUGCUGGCUGCGGAACGUAGAAAUACAAACAAACUGCUUGAUGAAGUAUUCUUCUCUGAAAAGAUCUAUAAGUUGAAUGAUGACAUGGUGUGUUCAGUGGCUGGUAUCACGUCCGACGCCAAUGUUCUGACUAACGAACUUAGACUGAUUGCCCAGAGAUACCUUCUGCAGUAUGGAGAGUCUAUUCCUUGUGAACAACUUGUUUCUUGGCUGUGUGAUGUCAAGCAAGCCUACACACAGUAUGGAGGUAAAAGACCUUUUGGUGUGUCAAUCCUGUAUAUGGGCUGGGACAAGCACUACGGCUACCAGCUCUACCAAUCAGACCCCAGCGGUAACUACGGUGGAUGGAAAGCGACAUGCAUUGGAAACAACAGUGCGGCUGCUGUAUCAAGUCUGAAACAGGAAUACAAGGAGAAUGAGACCACCCUUGCUGAAGCCCAGGCUUUGGCCAUCAAGGUGCUCAGCAAGACUCUGGACAUGACCAAGCUGACUCCAGAGAAAGUGGAAAUGGCAACAUUGACGCGUAAAGACAACAAGACUAUCAUCCGAGUUUUAACCAGCACUGAAGUAGAGAAACUUAUUGCUGACUUUGAGAAGAGUGAGGCCGAAGCUGAAGCCGCCAAGAAGCAGCCCCCCAAGUCGUAAUUGUUCUCCUGUUUGGAAUAAGUGUUCUCAUAUUGGUCCAUUAAAUAUUUUGCAAUA